AGUCAGUCGUGCGCGUGUCGUUCGUGCAAAAUCAUCCGCCAGGUGGCUGAUCGCAAUGUCGCCCCCAAAGAUGCUUUCAAUUCCUGCUUCACGACCUUCCUUGCCCCAGCAGCUCCGAACCGGCGUGGUCUGGAACAUGAAAAUGAUCGCGUUCUUUUCAUGGCUUUCCCUUUCCGCCUACGUGCGAAUCGCGCUUGCCGACAUGUACCUGCACAACCCUCGGGGCAGUAACAACAAGCUUUCCGAGGAAAGCAACAACGUGCAGAACGACAACAGGCUGUUCGAUUCGCAGAACAAUGCGGCGGCGGGCUACCAAGUCGGUGACGCGUGCGAAAGGGCCUGCGACGCGGACCCGGAUAACGAGAACCACCAGUACGACCCCACGGUGCCUGGGGCGAUGGAGGGCAUGAUGCAAUACUACCGGGGAUCGGAGCUGUGGAUUGAGUGGACCCAGCAGCACGGCUGCGGGUCCGACCUCGGCGCGGAGCGGCAACCGAACGUCGUGUGCACCGUCAUCCUGCAGUACAUGUGCGACAGCGACAACGCGCUGCUGGGACGGACGCUGAACGGCAACGGGCGGUCGGGCGACACGAGCCGCGGCGCCAUCCGCGACGGGUACCUGCGCGGUAACCAGAAC